AUGGAUGAACUCUUCCGAGCGGACCAAUCAUGCCGUCAAAAAUUCGCCAACUUGGUAGCUUUGACUGAAUCUCCGAUACGGGAUUUUAGCACACAAGUCUCGCGACGGGACUGGGAUAUCGAAAUCGAAAGAUUGAGGGAUGCAUCCUUUCUGCGAUAUCAGGUUGCUUUAAUACUCAAACUUUUGAGCGAACAUAUCGAAAAUGCUAUAGUAUUACUUAAAGGAGAAAGGGUACCUUGGGAGGAUUUGACUAGAGAAUCCACGGAGCCGGAGAACCCAGAAGAUAAUACUCAAGAUACAAAGCCCUCCCAAAGCGAAUCAGAUGAUGAUACGGAAGAAGACUCGCCCUGGGAUUUCUCAUCCGACGAUGUUUCAACCAAUGGAGACUCUCCGGACGACUACGUUGGCGGGAACGAUAGAUCAAGAAGGCCUACGGUCAGCGGCAUUGUCAAUAUUCAUGGCCCCAACGUGAGAACGAGAACAGACUUUCCUGCUGGGGAAAUGGCGCAAAUUCGACAUGCAAUACAAACGACUGUCUCGUCGUUAUACGCACUUCCUACUCGUAAGGCAGUCAUUCAAGAUCGGCUUCGUGGAGAACUACCAGAAGAAGUGACUUCUUUUGAGGAUCUGGAUAUCUUAUACGUUAAAGACAAAUUCCCAGAAUUGGCAAAAUCUUCUCCUGGUGUUGCUACCCGGCUCGGAAAAUUGAUGACUCGUCGACGUGAAAUAUUACAUUCCCGGAAAAAUCGAGAAAGCCGUCAGCUACAGCCCAACGUAAGCACAAUGCUAAAACCUACUGGACACCUGGAAGGGCCGAUUAAAGGUCUCCGGAAUUCGGGUUUGUUUGAGCCACUUGAAUACACACCACUCGUACCUUCAACAAUUGCCUCGGCCCUUCUUCCCGAGGAUCUAGAAGUUGCAGUGCCGCGGAGGCCCUUAGGAGAAAAUGGGGAAGAGCUAGAAACGUUCGUCUGUCCAUAUUGUUGUACAGUACAAGAGAUAAAACGGGAAAGAGAGUGGAGGGCCCAUGUGCUCCAAGAUCUCCAGCCAUACGUCUGCACAUACCCAGAUUGCGAACUUGGAGAUUUUUUGUUCGAAAGUAGGGUACAAUGGUAUCAACACGAACUGGCAAAACAUCGAGUCAAUUGGUUUUGCAAUACAAAAGGGCAUGGACAUUGUAACAAUAAAACCGAUUUCAGCGCACAUAUGGCUGCAGAACAUGAUAAUGACGACUUCCAUUUCAGCGGAAUCGAUCCCCUAGUAGCUUUUACGCUCUUUUCGAUACCAGGUAAUGCAACUGAGCCGGGUUUUUGCACACUAUGCAUGACAGAGACUUCAGACCCGGAGAGCCAUGUCGGCCGGCACCUAGAAACCAUUGCCCUUGCCGUCAUCCGACCAGAAGACAUCCCUAAGGAACCUCAUGGGGAAACACCGCGCAUUCACGACGGGGGAAAGAUUAAAAUAACGGAAGGUAAACAGUCUAGGGGCAUAGCUGAUCCCUUUUCCAGGGGGGCAUAUCUGGGGGCCAAACGAUUGUAUACAUUGAGUGACACCGGGUCAGAGAGAUCUCUAAACAAACCAUUGCAUAUCGUGUUCAGGGACGCUGUUGGGUCAACUAACGCUCCUGCUGGUGGGGACAAACCCUUCACAACGAACAGAGGGUUUGAGAAACGGCCUAAUCGGAAAGGAGGCAUAAAAGUGCCUAAAAACAGCUUCAACGCUCUUGACUAUACAAGCAGCAGUGAAUCCGACUCUGACUCAGAUUCAAGCUCAAUUACGAGCUCAGUCUCGGAUAUGGCCUUCGGUACGCCGCCUCGCUGGGCUGCUUUCGGGUCCGAUGCAUAUACAACGCCACCGUCUUCUUUCUCGGAACUCCAUUUGAAAUUGAAGUCCUGGGCAAGGCGCAAUAUAUCUAGUGACAAGCGGACAUCUAAGCCAAGUCCAAGCAGAAGGAUAUUCUCGUACGCAAAAUCGGAUGGGCCUUCGAGUAGCGUUGAAAAAAGCAAGCGGACGCUUAAGAGGAGGGACUCUUUCGAUUUUAAUAUGGCUUUUAGCGAUCCAAGUUCUGACAGUUCAACUGGGCGAAAACACGCCUUCCCGCGCUCUAAACAUAGAGAAGAAGAAGUACCUGGGCAAAGUAAAUCAAAUGAACUCACUCCAAAGCCCGUGGCCUCAACACAGCCUCCGGUGGCAACAGGGAAGAAGCGGCGGUCUGGGAAAAGAGAGUCUGUCGAUUCAAAUCUUGCUUUCGGUGGGUCUAGCUCUGAAGCUUCAGCGAGUGACUAUAUGCGCAAAUCGCGUGACCAAGUUGUGAAAAAGGUCUGGCGAUGGUGGCGAACAGGAACUGCAGAUACGGCUGAUAUAGAUCCAGAGGAUCACGGUCAUUCAAGGCCGGAACCUGUUAAAGUUCCAUGA